CCGCCCUACAUCUCCACGUGUUUCUGGCACCCUGGUACUUUUUUUACAAUAUUUUACGUUGUUGUAACGUUUGUGGUAAAGUUUAAAAUUUGUAUUAAUUACAUUAUUAUGGUGUCAUUAGAAGUUAAAUAGUGAUUGAUAAAGUUCAUUGAACUCCUGUUUUUUAUUAUCAAUGGGCGUAGAGUCAGCGAAGGUGGAGGAAGUCACGGCCGCGCCAGUCCCGACCGAGUCGGAGGCGCGGUCCAGCCGACCCACGCACUGCGUGGUCGGCGGAGCGCAUGCCUUCAUACUAAGGAUAUCAAGUUUUUUCGGGUUGGCUCCCCUGCGGUUCGAAGCUCGAAACAAUGGCUUCACAGUCAGCAUAUCCAGUGCUAUGUGUGUCUACAGCUACAUUUUAGUUACAGUUUUAGUUAUAUGCACAAUAUUCGGCUUGGUAGCCGAAAUAAAUGUGGGCGUGGAGUUGUCAGUGCGCAUGUCUUCGCGCAUGUCUCAAGUGGUGUCGACGUGCGACGUUUUAGUUGUGGUCGCUACCGCCGGUGCAGGAGUCUAUGGAGCGCCGCAACGGAUGAGAAACAUGUUGAAGUUCAUGGAGAAUAUUGCUUCGGUGGACACCAGUAUAGGUGGGCAGUAUUCGCUACUGACGGAGCGCAAGCUGUGCGGCAUCAUCCUGGCCAUCCUUAUCUUCUUCUCUGUCCUCAUCGCUGACGACUUUACUUUCUACGCUCUCCAAGCCAAGAAAUUGGAUCGAGAAUGGGACGUAGUGACCAACUACCUCGGGUUCUACCUGCUAUGGUUCGUCGUUCUGAUGCUGGAGUUACAAUUCGCGUUUACCGCUUUAUCAGUGCGAGCGCGGUUCUCAGCUGUCAACGACGCGCUAGCACUUACUGCUAGACAAGUCUCCGUUCCUGUAGAGAAACCGAAGAGCCCGUCGUCUCUUAACAUUUAUGCGAUCCGGGUAGCGCCGGCUGACUCGGCGCGGUCAGCUAAUGUCAGUCUUCUAGUGGAAACCAUGACUGGCAGAGAACAGGUUGUCAUCAUCAAGAGAACAGCCAGCGGGGAACCUCGCCUCAUUGUGUCUCCGUGUGACGCGGUCCGACGUCUUGCAGCGUUACAUGGCACCCUAUGUGACGUUGUCAACAGUAUAGAUGACAGCUACGGGUUACCUCUAAUCGUGGUCCUCAUUUCCACGUUACUUCAUCUCAUAGUAACGCCAUACUUCUUGAUUAUGGAGAUAAGGCAAAAGAACGGAGGCGUUAGUAUGCAGGCUGAUGACUUCAGCGCCAUCUACCGGCGUGCUUCCGUCUAG